AUGAAGGCCACUACUUCUGUCGCCUUCUUGUCGCUCCUGGCCUCAGCCCAGGCCACCUUCGGUUACUGGGGCUCUGAAAAGUGCUUCUCUAACCCCGGCCGUGCGCCUAACAAGUGUAAUGAGCACCAGGAAAAGGGCUUCGACUGGUCGGGUCUUUCACCUGGUGACUUUUCCUCUUACGGUGGCUUCGACUUCUCCGGCUUCUCCUGCAGCAACAGCUUCGGUGGCGGCCGUCAUGCCAAGCGCGGUGAAAAAUGCAUCAAAGGUACUGCAGCCAAGCGUGGAAGCUCCUCCUCUGCUAGCGGCGGUGCGGCAUUCGGUGGCUCCUUUGGUGGCUCCAUUGGGGGCUCUGUCGGGGGCUCCGUUGGAGGCUCCGUUGGUGGCGGCGCUGGUGUCAGUGCCGGUCACUCGGCCCCGUCGUUCUCCUGUGGUGCGCAUGAUAGCGGCUUCUCUAUCAACCACUUCCAUAUCUCGACCGACAAGGACACCGAUCUGCACAUCAUCUACGGCAUGCCGGAUGGAUCUUCUUGCCGCAACACCGCUUCUUGCUCGUCUGCGGGUACUGAUGUGAAGAACGACCAGUGUGGUGGUGCUACCUCGGUCUCUUUCGAACUCCCCGACCACAGUGACCAUGACAGCUGCGGAUUUGGAAUCUGGAGCAUUGGCUUCGACUGCACCCCCGGUUCCACCAUCCCACUGCCGACUCCCACUCCUCCGGCGACUAUUUCUCGCCCCGGUCACAGCAGCGGCGUCUCGACUACACCUCAGACGGUGCCCACUGAUGCCAGUCCCGUGGGCUCUACCAUGCCCGGUGUUCCCUCCGUCUCAGUGCCUGUCGCGACUCCCACCGGUGCCACCACCCCCGUUGGUGCCACCCCCGGCGUUCCGAGUGUCAGCACUCCUGUCCAGUGGACCACCUCCACAGUGUUCACCACGAGCAUGAUCACGAUCACCAGCUGUGCCCCCACAGUGACCAACUGCCCCGCUCACUCGACCACCGUGAUCACUUCCACCAUUGCCCUCUCGACCACUGUCUGCCCAGUGACCGAGACUGGAACUCCCCCUGCCGCUGGCGAGUCCACCCCGGCUGGAUCUACGCCCGUUGAGACUGCCCCUGGUGGUCUGACUCCUGGUCAGACCGGUCCCGCUGGUCCCAGUGGCAGCUCGCCCGUCACUGCGUCCAGUCCUGCGGAGACUUCCCCUGCUGCCGGCGAGUCUACCCCUGCUGGCACCGUUCCUGCUGGCUCGACUCCCGUCGAAACUGGACCGGCUGGCUCUACCGAGACUGCCCCCGGUGGCCUUAUCCCCGGCCAGACCAGUCCUGCUAGCCCGAGUGGCAGCUCUCCCGUCACCGCGUCUAGCCCUGCCGGAACAUCUCCUGCGGCUGGUGAAUCCACGCCCGCUGGUUCGACUCCCAGUGAGACUGCCCCUGGCGGUCUGACUCCUGGCCAGACCGGCCCCGCUGGUCCCAGUGGCAGUUCGCCCGUGACUGUCUCUACUCCCGGUUCGCCUGCUGGUCCCAUGACCACCGGCUCUGUUCCAGUCCCUGGCGACUCUACUGUCACCGUGGUGACCUACGUUACCACCACCGAGUGCCCUGUCACCAGCACCGUCAGCUCAGGAUCCUCUAGCACCGUGAUCACCACCCACACCAUUUCCACUGUGACUCUGACCUCGACCUCCACGGUCUGCACCAAGUGCACUGCGACCUUCACCAGUCUCCCCAGCGGCAGCCAGUCCACCCCCGGCAGCCCCGGCGGUCCAUCCGAGUCGGUUCCUAGCGGAGCUAGCCCAACUGAGUCCGUUCCUGUUCCCGGCCAGUCAGGCCCUGCUGCUUCGGAGACCGUCCCUGCCACCGGUGUUCCGACUGGAUCUAGCCCAACUGAGUCUGUUCCUAUCCCCGGCCAGUCAGGCCCUGCUGCUUCGGAGACCGUCCCUGCCACCGGUGUUCCGACUGGAUCUAGCCCAACUGAGUCCGUUCCUGUUCCCGGCCAGUCAGGCCCUGCUGCUUCGGAGACCGUCCCUGCCACCGGUGUUCCUACUGGAUCUAGCCCCACCGAGUCUGUUCCUGCUCCUGGCCAGUCGAGUCCUGCCCCCUCAGACACCGUCAUUUCCACUCCGGUCCCCACUGGUGUGAGCGCUGGCUCUUCUUCGCUCACUCCCGAGGACACGACUACUUACGUGACCACCUAUGAGACAGUUACUAAGUGCCCCGUCACCAACACCGUCACCUCUGGUGGAUCGACUGUUGUUGCGACCACCAUCAGCGAAUCUACCGUCACCUUGACCUCGACUCGCACCGUUUGCACCAAGUGCACUGCGACCGCCACUGGAAUUGUUCCUGUUCCGACUGGCGCUGAACCCACAGGCGUUGUGCCCGUCCCUACUGGCGCUGAUGCCACUGGCGUUGUUCCCACCGGCUCUGGCUCUGGCUCCAACACGGUUCCUGCCGGUCCUGGGGCGUCAAGCACUUCUGGUGGGUCCAGCCCUGCGCCCAGCUCCGGAUGCCCCAACGUGGUGCCACAGUGUAUCAACACCUGGCUCAACGUUGUCCCCAAGUGUACCUCCAACAGUGAUGCGCAGUGCUUCUGUCCCGACAAGAACUUCACCGACAAGGUCAUUUCUUGUGUGCAGGCCUGGGGUGCGUCUACCGAGGAGAUCCAGCACGCUCUGUCGUACUUCACUGGUAUCUGUGCGGCUUGGGUUCCCACUAACCCCGGUAUCGUGACUGCCAUUCCUUCGACCAUUACUCUGGUGCCCACCGUUCCCGUUCCCAGCGGUGCCAGCGGUGCCACGGCCAGCGCCGGUAUCACCGCCCCUGCCGUCAGCCCUGCGCCAUCGGCUCCUUGCACCACCAUCACUUACUCGACCUACACCGUCACUGUGCCUCAGGUCAGCUUUGUCACUUCCACUGAGACUGGCUCCUCCGGUGCCUCGCCCACGGUCGGUCUCGUUCCCGCGGGACCUAGUGGCGCCUCAGCCGCCACGGGCACCGUCCCCGUCCCCGUUCCGGCUGUCCCCUCUUCCACCCUGGUCACCACCGCCGCCAGCAGCUCUAUGCCUUAUGCGAGCGCGAAGCCCACCGCCAGUACCAUUCCCAUUUUCAACUCGGCCUCGACCGUGUCAGUUGCCUCGGGCUUGGUUCUCGGCUCCGUGGCUGCCUUCUUUAGCUUGAUGCUCUAG